AUGAUCAAACUUCAACGUUUAAUACCUUCAUUACCAACAACAACAACAACAACAACAAGCUCCUAUAUUUAUCGUUUUGUUGAACAAAUACCACCAAUAUAUUAUAUUCAAUGUCGUCAAACAUAUUAUCAAAUUGAACAAGAUCAAUUAAAACAAAUAUAUAAAUCAAUAUUAAUUCCUAUUCUAUUACAAUGGUUAUUUAACAUUUAA